AAAAGAUGGAGAAUCCUGUCGAGAGAGCAGUCAACGAGGCGACUGCAGAUACACUCUAAAUGCCGGAUUAGAAACUAAUGAAAUAGGUGGCUGACCUUGUCAACCAAAGAGCGGACUAGUAAGAUUGUAAUUCAAACCAUAGAUCGAAAUUUGCAGUCUAGGCUAUAGGCAAGAGACUCAUGCAGCUCCGUAAUGGCAAGGUGCAAGCCCUCACUAUGGAGCUUAUUGAAUAUCUUGCUUUCACUUGCGAAACACCAUUCUACACUCAGAUUGCUACCAAUGACUUUCUUCAAAGACUCAAUACCCUCCUCAACCCACAAAUGAAUGCCCAAGUAAUUCACUCAUUUACACCCAAUAGAUGCAACAAAGAUUACUCUAAGUGAUCGCAGUACUCAAGUCACUUAUGCAAUCACACCAGGAUCUAUUUCCUGCCUUCUUCCAAUUCUUGCAAAAAAUCACUCCUAAACGUAACUGUCUUCUAGCAUCUGCUUUUUAGAUCAAAUACCCCAUAAUUACGAUAGCAAAUAUGCAGUACUCAGAAAGCCACAACCCGCAUACUCCUCAGCAGCUAGAACAAACAGUUUAGGAUCUGUAAGAAUUCCGUAUUUAAUAUACCAAGGGUAGCUCCAAAAAUGAUAAGCUCCGACGUGACCUAGAGAUUGUCAAAUCCAACAUCACUUUGACCAAUGUAUCUGAAUUUAUUCCUCAUAGGAAAUCAUUGACAAUGCAAAUCCACAAGAAGAUGCAAGCAAGAACGAAAUCCUCAAAGACAUGAUCACCACACUGAGAGGAGUCGAAGAAAAGCUAAGAAAGUACCCAAAUUUACUUAUACCUAGUUUGAUUACUGACAUGGGAAACAACGAUGAGGGUUUGAUGAACUUUUGUUUAGAAUUGAAUGAUGAUUUACUUAAAGUACACAUAAUUUAUGAUUUAUUAGACCUUUGCUAGAUAUGAAGUGUUGAAAAAGCACAAAAAGCCCGAUCCCUUCAGACCAGAACAAGCAUAAUAACCAUAAUAACAAGUCCUUCCACAACCAUAACAACAACCACAAAUUGCAUAACAAGCUCCCUUCCAAUAAUAAUAAAAUCCCUUUAGUAUUCCUCCUCCCACAUAAUAACAAUCCUAACAGUUCCAACAACCUCCAUAACCAAAACCUCAAUAGAUAGACCUGUUAAAUUUAUUUGAGUACGAUGAGCCAAAACCAGCAGCACAAUAGAAAGGACCUUAACCAACACAAGCAGUUUAACCUGAAAAAUAAUAAAAUAUGUAAAAUUUGAAUGUUUAUAGUCCCUUAGAAUUGAUUUAUUUGAAGUCGAUAUGACUGGUCCUGCACCAUAACAAUAAUAAUAAUAAUAAGUGCCACAAACAAUCACUCAAUAAUAAUAAUCACAAAUACCCCCUAUUUCAUAGAUACCACCAAUAUCCUAAAUGCCACCAAUUUCACAAAUACCUCCAGCUUAGUAAUUUGGAUAACCACCAAUUCAAUCCUAACUUUAUGGAUAACCCCCUAUUUCAUAAGUUCAAUAAUAAUCCAAUUAUUCUGCUUUGAAUGCCUUCCCUCCUUAAUAACAAUAGUAAUAUCCUCCUUAAUAGUAAUAAUACCCUCCUUAAUAGUAAUAAUACCCACCUUAAUAGUAAUAAUACCCACCUUAAUAACAAUAUCCUCCUUAAUAACAACAAUAUCCCCCACAAUAAAAUGUAAUAAUUUAUUCUAUUAAAAGUUUCAAUAAUUGUAUCAACAAUAAUAGCUUGGAUAACAACAAAUGAAGUAUUAAGCAUUCUAACAAUAACCAAUUUAACCUAUCCCAUACUAAUAGAAUCAACCCUAUCAAUAAUAGGGAUUCCCUUAGUAAUAAUAUCCAGUCAUUAGCAGUAACACUGUUUUAUUAUUUUAGAUAUUUCUAAUUAAUAAAAGAAACCAGAAAAUGAAUUUGACAAUAUACUUAAUUUGGCAGUAGGUUAAAAAUCAUAGCCAUAACAAUAAACAUAGUAGCAAUAAUAAAAGUUAGACUUUAUUUGAUAUCUAUAUAGUUCAACAGUAUAAAAUCAUA